AUGCAUUGCUUCGUCUUUCCUCUCAUUCUCCUGAUCCUUCUGCUUCCUGAGAGCUCGAUCUCCAUCGUUCUCAAUGUCGAUAAUCCAGAAUCCAUCCUCGCAGCUUCGGCUGUAACAGCACAUGGUGUUCAGCAGCUUUACAGUGGAAACAGAACCGGGGGCAUACUUGGAAAAUUCCCAUAUCCUCCGUAUUACUGGUGGGAGAGUGGUGGUGCAUGGGGUGGGAUGAUGGAAUACUGGCACUACACGCGUGAUGAGUCGUAUGGACAUGCCACACAGCAAGCCCUCAUCUCUCAACUCGGCCCGACAAACGACUUCAACGUCCCUGCAGAAGCGUUCGACGAGGGAAACGACGACCAGGCGUUCUGGGUCUUUGCUGCCAUGUCGGCCGCCGAGUAUAACUUUCCCAACCCGCCUGCACCCAUUCCUUCUUGGGUCACUAUUGUGCAGAAUGCCUGGGAAGACUACGCCUCUCGCUGGAAUUCCUCCGGCUGUAACGGCGGGCUCAAGUGGCAAUUCCACCCUGAGAACGCAGGCUACUACUACAAAAACAGCAUAUCUAACGGGGCAUUCUUCCAGCUUUCUGCGAGGCUGGCGCGAUUUACCGGCAAUAACACCUACGCGCGUUGGGCGGACACUAUCUGGAACUGGUCCCGUGGAAUUGGCUUGAUUGACGACCUCUACAAUGUCUUUGACGGGACGGAUGAGCUUAUCAAUUGCACCGGCAUUGACCACCACCAAUGGUCCUACAACGUGGGGAUCUACCUCUAUGGGGCUGCAAUGCUGCAAAACUACACCAACGGAUCAUCUCCAUGGAUCGAGCGUACGGCUGGUCUACUGGACGCGACGAACACGUUCCUCAGUCCGUUUCGGAACGCGACGAACAUCGUUUUUGAAGCGGAAUGCGAACUCGACAUGACUUGUGAUCCUGACCAGCUUUCGAUGAAGGCCUACCUGAUUCGCUGGCUUGCUGGGACUUCGAUGAUGGCACCUUUCACUGCAGGAAGAAUUGGGAUCAUCCUUCGAAGUUCGGCGCAAGCUGCUGCUGGUGCUUGUAUUGGGGGCCCAGCUAACAAUACGUGUGGAUCAAAAUGGUAUGUGGGUGGAUGGGACGGAACCAGUGGACUAGGUCAGCAGCUCUGCGCAAUGGAAGCGAUGUACGCCUUGUUGGUCAACCAAACCGAACCACCGAUCACGUCCGGCCAUGUGGUCCUUCAACCCGCUUCUCCGUCUUCAGCGUUCAAUAUCACCGCCACCCAGCAACUUCCCAAAGCCAGCGCUACAGCGCGGCCACUUCACGACAGUAAGGGCAGUCGGGAAAUCAAAACUCGGAAUAAGAUUCGAAGUGUUGUCACCGUCAUCUUCACAUCUCUGGCAGCUAUGCAUUAG